UGAAAUUCUCGCACAUAAACUUUCAAACAGCACAGACCAUACCUAAUUUUUUAAAUGGCAUCAAAAACUUUAUCUCGAACAAAAAACCUUCUUCCACCUUUAAUUCUCUACCGUCAAAUUUUGCGAACCCAUCGUUUAUUACCACUUUCAUUACGUUCACUAGGCGAUGAUUAUGUUAAAGCUGAAUUUAGACGUCAUAAAGAUGUAGCAAAUCCAAUUCAAAUUGUGGGAUUUAUUGAUCAGUGGCAAGUUUAUUUGGAUAAAUUAAAAAUUCAAACAAACGCUUCAAAAUUGCAACCUGAAAAUAUAACGUAUGGAAAGAAAUUUGAUUCGAACAUCUUGGAGAAAUUUAGCGAACAGCAACUUGGCCAAUUACAUGUAUUGAGAAACGAAAUUAAAGCUAUUGGAAAGGGGAAAGUAAGAUCGGAAGAGAUGGAUAAUAAUGCAAUUAUGAAUACUGACAUUGAAAAUUUAGUUGAAAAGAAACAUUAAGCUGAAUCAUUCUUGAAUUGGCUUAGCGUACGACCCCGGAGAAGUAACCAAAAGAAUGAUUGAACUUAAUUUAUUCUUUCAAUUGAAGUGUUAUUUCACAUAUAAUUACAUUUGAAUGUAUCUAAAAUGUAAAAUUGAUUUUUAUUGGGUUUUAAAAGUUUAUCAAUUAUAAGUGUUAAAGUUCGAA